AUGACUAUUUCGAAGAACCUUGCCUUUUCCUCAGGUUUUCCUUCCCCGGACCCCAAGUCUUACACAAAAUCCUAUCCCGGUAAAAUAAAAGGCUCUUUUAAGACAAAUUACAGCAGACAAAGGAAUACUGGACCAAACACAUCUUUGGUACCUUCUUUCAACAAUGGGAGCAUUACCGACAAUGAUCAGAUUCAAAAGAAAAUAGCGACUGCAAAUGUCCAAGAGAUUGAUCAAAUCAUCUUGGCAUAUGAAAGAAAUAUCUACAGGGUUAUCAAGCAGUACUGUGCGCAACACAAACAUGCAGAGGAUACUAAAGAAGCCAAGAGUCGCCGAAGCGAGAUCUCAGAUAUUUCUGCUGUAAUGAGACUAUUCUAUACACACAGGCGAGCAUCUUUUGGCCCAAGACAGGAGAUUAAGCCAAAGGCGUGGUACUACAAUUUAAGAAAUAAUGGAUCUGACACAAAAGUUCCAAGCUUGCGUCUACUAGGAUAUAACCCGCCAAAUCAAGAUAGUAUCGUGUUCGGAACAAUCGAUAUCUAUCUGUCCGCCUUUGAGGCAGCUAUGAUUUCUAGAGAAGAAGAUAUUAAUUUGGCUUGGAGUAAUUGGUUACCUGUGUCUUUGGGAAAAGAACAUGAGUCGUGGUACAACAGCACUAUAAAAGACAGACCUCUAUCCUGGGAACAAGUCAAACAGCUGUUGAGAGACAAGUUUAAUAUAGCUAAACAGCUACGGAUCAAUGGUCGUGUGUACAAUAUACUGCCAAGCAAUAAAGAUGGAACAACAGGAUCGCCCAGUCGUUUUUCAGCCACCCAAGUCAAGAUAGGAGGUUCUGAAGACAGUAAAGUCACCAAUAAGCUUAUGGCCCCGUUUAGCCCAUCCCUGUAUCAUAAAGGAAGACAAGAAAGAAGUAAAAAUUACACCGCCACAAGCAACAAAAAUCUGUCCUUACGUUCUGGGGGCUCGACUUUGGGGAACUAUAAAUCCCAAUAUCCACCACAAUGCAAUCCUGGACUUCGAAAGUAUGUCGAUAGCGGGGCCGGAUAUUCUCGGCACAGAUUACUCGGUGUUCUUCCUGAUGAAAAUAUGAAACUUUUCUGCCCUAUGGCAAGAGAAGAUAUCAUUUGUAAGACUAAAGGUUGUCGAGAGUUACAGAAUACAGCAUAUGACAUUGACAUGAUGAUCCAAAACAGAACUUGUCGCCAUUGUUAUAAGAUUUGGUCGCACGAUCACUGUUGCAGUAGAGAGAGAGUGAUUAAGCAAAAAUAG